AGUACCUGCGCCUGGUGCGCACGCACCGCCUGCUGCUGGACGUGGCCAACCUCAUGGCGGACACGUACUACCCCACGCUGUUCUGCCUCAUCACCGGCCUGCUCAGCACCACGCUCAUGGGCACCUACAAGCUGACGGCCGGCAUCUUCGACGCCUACACCGCCAUGAUCGUGCCCGGCGCGCUGCUCUUCUACUUCAACAUCACCUCCAUCAGCGACACGCUGGCCAUCGCCACGGUGGACGUCGGCGACGCCGUCUGGGGCAGCCAGUGGACCGAGGAGGACAUCCCCGUGCGCAGGUUGGUGCUCAACAUGAUGACCCGGGCGCAGAAGCCGGGCGCGGCACGAGUCCCGAUCCUGGGCACCGUCGACCUGCCCUCCUACAAGGCCGCCAUGAACCAGUGGUACUCGUUCCUGCAGCUGAUUCGCAGUCUCAACGGCUGA